CACACACACACACACACACACACACACACACACACACACACACACACACGCGCUCGCGCGCCCGCGCGUACACACACCACGCAGACACAGUCAGUGAGUAACAGGUAGACUUGCUCCAUGACAUCCCCAGGUAGGGAGACUCGGGCUUGUUUCCACACACAUCUGAAUCUCCUUUUCACGCACGCCGCAGCCCUGUCCACACGCCUUACACGCGCUUUACCAAUGAGCAACUUUCCGACCUCGUGUUUACAGACACUUUCCUCUGCGACACACGGCUUGUAAAAGGAUCUCGGAUUUGUGAGCAGAACUUCGAACCGGGGGAUUUUAUUUUCUUUCUUUAUUCUCUUUUUCCUUGGAGAGGUUUAACAUGACGUCCGGGAGAACUUUUGGAGGACCGACUGCCCGGAUCGACUUGAAAGAAAUCGCACCUGAUUACGGACAGCGAUUCAUUCACAUUUGUUAAUUAGUUUUUUACACCCACACCAGGACUAAACCUUCGUUUCGUCAACGAGGAAAAAUCUGACACACAGUGUCCGAAUAUUAUAUUUCAGUGGUUCGGAACCGGCGGUGUAACGGAGCGCAUAAAGCCAGAAGGGAAGUCACGCGUUCAGGUUCACGUUCUGCGUCCGUUUGCAUGACGCAGCUUUGGAGAUUUGUCGGCUUCGGAUAACCGAGUUAUGAUCAGGCCACCUGUUGAUUUCUGAGGAAAUGCAUAACCGCCGAAAUGUAACACCAUCUGAUGGAGAUCUAUGAGUGCACGAUUAGGACGGAGAGAUACAAACGUUUCUGGUCGCCUGAAAUCUUGUGUUUGCUUUCCAGUGAACUGAGCAGAAGCUUAAAGGGAAUCCGUGUGUCUGGAAAAGUUGCACACAUUUGAUGCACACGUUACGAGUCGUGCGCUCAGUCAGGACCUGUGCAGUCCUGUUCAUACUCUGCAACUGACACAUUAAUUACUGGCCAUAUAAUUAUUAUUUUUGUUCCAGCAUAAGUGGUCAUAUUUUAUCUACUUUCUAUUAUCUAUGAUAACUGCUUUUUCUGAGAUAUUGUGAGAGCUGUCAUUAUUGAAAAAUUUGCCUUUUCCAUGCACAUGUCUUCAAUCCGACACAGACUUCUUGUGAUAAUUGAAAUCCUUCAGAAGUUCAAGGAAAUAGAGUUGCAUCUCAAGUUCGGCUGUGUUGACACACCCAGACGGACCCUGGAAAUUUUCUCAGCAUACCAGUGGUUGUGAACAGUGCAUUAUGCCUGCCUGGGCCCCGAAGCUGCAGCUGGGCCAAUGAGGCUCGCCGCACAGCGCCUGGCCGGGCUCUGGCCGUGGCUCUUCACGGCCACCCUGCAGGUGGCGCUGGGCCAUGCGGGCCUGGAGGUGGCAGCGACCCGCGCGCUCAUCAAGGUCACGCUGCUCAACCCCAAAGCCAUUCCCUUCACCCUGGAAGGGGUGUUUGCUGGAAGCAGCAGCGGAUUCGCUGAGGGUAAACUCAUGCAGUCUCACCCGCUGUCUCUGUGUAACACCAGUGAGGAUGAGCGACAAGAAAGCUUCAUCAGCAUUGUUAAGCUGGAGAGUCCAGAGAGCAAAGUGCCCCAGUGCCUGCCACUUCUGGAGAAAGCUCGGCUAGCUCUAAACAGGGGAGCUCAGGCUGUCAUUUUUGACAUCACUGAUGAUCUUAAAGCUGCUAUUGAGUUGAAUUCUGGCAUCUUGAAGAAGCCAGUGGUGAUGGUGAAGGCAGCAGACGCUGAGGAGCUGAUGGGACUGGUCAAUAGGAACGAGGAGGCCAACGUCGAGAUUAACAUCAUGAUGGAGACACCAAAAUGGACUCCUUAUGAAGUGGGAAUCCUCUCGACAGUUGUCUUGGUUGUGCUCGCAAUCGUUAUGAUCUUUGCCUUUCGCUCUCGCUGCAGGUCCAACAGAACUUGGGACUCUGUGCACCAGCAGACCAUGCGGGCCAUUAGCAGGCUGGAAACACGUACCUACAGCUCUCAGGGCUGCUCAGGAGGAUCCCAUCAUCCACGUGGUGGCCGAGGAUCAAACAGCAGCUCCAACUCGGGCCCUAUGUGUGCCAUCUGCCUCGAGGAAUUCCUGGAUGGACAGGACCUGAGGGUCAUCUCAUGUGCGCAUGAGUUCCAUAAGGAGUGUGUGGACCCAUGGUUGCUUCAGCACCGGACCUGUCCUCUCUGCAUGCACAACAUAAUGGGUGUAGAGCCAAGUAGUCGUCCGCCUCAGCGAGUCCUGGGACAUCCGCUGCCAGAGCUCAGCCAGGCAUUCCUUCACACCCACCCACAGCAAUACACAGGUCCUCACUCUUUCUCCCAGCACCCCAUUCCCUUCUCCCUCCGACCCAAUUACCCCCGCACACUGUCAGGGCCCUAUCCUCAGCUGGGCGCCUACGGUGGCUCGCCACCCUACCACACUCGCUUAUUGAGCACCAGCUGCAGCUAUCAUCUUGCGCCGGAUGGGCACCGUGCCCGACCUCGACACAGCUGCCGUAAUGUUGGGCACCACUACACAUCACAGCGUCGUCCAUGCCACCACUGCCAUGCCAACCGGACGCGACAUCAAAACCACCAUCAAAACCAGCGCCACGGAGCUUCUCAAGGGCGCCAGGAUGAGGGCAGCUGCUCAGGAGCCAGUUAUGGCACAGAACGCAGUGGCUACUUCCCUGAUGGACCGGGCAGUGACUCAAGCUCGGGCCCAUGCCACGGCUCAUCCAGUGACUCAGUGCUUAACUGCACUGAUGUAAGUCUGCAAGGUGUUUACGGCAGCUGCUCCACCUUUCGUAGUUCACUCAGCAGUGAGUACGACCCAUUUGUAUACCACAGUGCCGGUUCUGAAGGUCCGACAGGUAGUACCAGGCCCCGAUCUCUAGAUUCAGGAGUUAAUCAGACUAGUGGUGGGCUUGGAUUCGAAGAACCACAGCAGCAACAGGCUGUAUUCAGCCAUGUGCAUUACCAUAGACACAGACACCACUAUUACGAUGAGGGCGAGCCCAGUCAAGGACCAGGAAGAGGUUCUGAUGAGGAGCAAGGAACUUCAGGAGUAGCAGCAGGCAAUUCACCCAUGAGUAAGGACUCAACUCUAUGUCAGGGGGCACAUAUUGCCUGCCAUUGCCCCAAAACAGAUACAAUAGACAGGUGUGGACCUCCUGGUGGAGUGGAGGAUCGGGAAGCAGCAGCUCCUCCAUCCCCUACUUCCUCCUUACCUGGCACCUCAGUGCUAAUCUCUGCACCAGCCUGCUGCCACCCAGGGCACCAGCACUGCCAAAAAAACACCAGCUGCAGUCUGGAAGCUUCUGCCCCACCUAUGCCAGCUGUGCACUUCCAUCAGAGAGUGGAUCUACAGGACGAUUGCAGCAUCCACAUCCACUAUGGGCAAAGUCCUGCAGGUUACUGCUGCCCCUCUCCCCUGGGUGCAGCAUCUACACUUCUGCCUGUACCUGUAAUCCUGGACUCGAGUGGGCUGGCAGAGUGGCCCUGCUGCAGGGGGGCACGAAGGGGGUGGCAAAAGCAGGUGCAACAGGCUCACUCUGAGCCACAGCUAAUGGGGACAGGCACUCUUUUGGACACACCUCUGUGCAGAGGGCAUCACAGUGCCGGGCAUGAGUUGCCCACAGAAAUUUGUCUCUACUGCCAAAGUGUACGCAAUAAUCAGGGAUCAGAGGAAGAGUCUGGUGUUUGAGAACUUUCUCCAUCCCCCAAACCUCACGCUGCUACACAAGAGCCGAAAUGGACAAACGAAUCGGCCGUCUCUCCCUCUCUCUAUCUCUCGCUCACUCACUCACUCACUUUUUUCACAGUCUUCCAAAUAAUUCCACAUCUCAAGACAGGCAUCAUAUUUCAACAUCUCUCACUUCCCAAAAUUGUUCUGUAACUAACGUCUGACGCUUUUAGAAAUAACGGUUCCUCAUGGGUUCUUUGGAUGGUUAAAAGUGUCAAUUUUUCUCCAAGAGGCAAAUAAAAACAACCCUUUAGGGCGCUAGAUGGAACUUUUUUCCAAGAGUACAGCGGUAUGUCAGUUCAAAUUCAAUUCCAGCAAUUGAUGAUCACAAUCGAUGAUAAUUGGUACUACUGAUGUAUUCCAUACUCAUAACCCACAAUCUGAAUCUGUUAUUUUAAAGGUUUUUUUUUAAUUAUUAUUUCUCGGUCAGGUCUACCAUGCAUCACUCAGUUGGUUAGACCUUAAAAAAAAAACGGUGAAAGUGAUUCAUCUUGCAGUGUUUUGUUUUGUUUUAUUUUUCUUUUAGAAUCCAUUCAGUAUGUUCAUUUAAAAAAGAAAAAAAAAAUCAAUCAAUCAAGUCCCAGAAAUCCUUAGUUACCUCCAUGCGUCACUGCAAGCUGGGGUAGCAAAAACAGGCCCCCUUUUCAUCUUUAUCUUCAAAAAUGCUUCACUAUACACUGUAGUGAUCCAUUUUGGUCAUAACAGUAUUCCAGGGUAGUGAAGAUAAAAGAAUACCCAUGUUGAUUACUAGUAAAAUAAUAUUCUUAACCCCCAUAUGACUUAAUACCCUGUCUGCUACUUAGAACUACAAAUUAGACCCAGCGGCUCUCUUUUACUCGUCUGAUCUUAUCGUUGCAGAACACUGAACACACCCAAACAUAUGAUAUCAUCGAUCAGAAUGGAAGGCGUGCAUGAUUGCGGUUAGAAUGUCAUUUGAAACGAUGAUGUCACUCAUUGUUCGUGCUGCACGUGAAAUAAGUGCCUGCCUAUCUUUCUCUCUCUCUAUUUCUCUCUCUCUCUCUCUCUCUCUCUCUCUCUCUCUCUCUCUCUCUCUCUCUCUCUCUUUUCUCCAGCCUACCUCAGAUAACCAAUCAGAAAUGUCCUGUUCACAUCACGGUACUUCAAAAGUAGUAAACCUCUUGCCUGGCACCCUCUCUGUUUACUUUAGAUAAGUGAGAGAUAGGGUGCUUUACAUAAUCUGUCCUCAAAAAAAAAAGGAUCACUGACUGUUUGGAGGUCAUUUAGGUUUUGGGUCUUGUGCUUCAUUUGAGAAAGGCAGCUGUCGUUGUUUGUGUCAUGGUUUUUCGUUUGUCUGUUCGUUGUGUCCUUUUUUUGUUUCCUCAGAUAAAAAGAAGCGAACUGACUGAAAACUUUAGGGUUGGCAAGGAUUUCAGAACCUACAUUUGGUCAUUUUUCAAGCUUCUUGUCAUUUAGCUUGGGCUGAGUAAGCACCAGAUUACCCAUGAGUACAUGCUUUUACCUCUGACCCUUUACCUCGUGUAUGACUCACGCGUAUCCUUACGGAUACGGAUCAUUUCAAAAAUGGUGGUCAGCCUGCAAGCUUGCCAAAGGUGCCUCUUUUUUUUAGACUUUGCUGCAAGAUUUUCAACGUUUUCCUUACUUAAAAAUUGCCGUACUCAAUGUUCCUUCGGAAGUCGGUAUGCUUUAUCCUCAGAAAUAUUUUACAGUAUAUUCACUUUGGAAUAUAUCAACAGCACAUUGCAAUCACUAUGCAUUUUCAGAACCAGUAGGCAAUUGUCUAAAGACAGCUAAUAAAGCAUGCCUUUAUAUAAUAAAUAUAGAAGGAAAUACUGGCAACUGUCAAACGAUCAAUUUAUAUACUAUGGAUUUGAUCUUGUAAUUAUAUUAUGAUUCUAAUCUGGCAUGUCUUUACUACCGUUGCCUCUGUGGUUUGGACCUGUACAUUUUCCCAUGCUACAUUUUUUUAUUUUCUUCUUUCAAGGUCAGACUGGCUAGAAGGGAAAAAUAAUAAUAAAUCAUGACUUCGCCAAAUCACAAACACAUUGUAGAAUAGAGGGAGACGUCAACUCAUCAGAGCAAAAUGUUGUGUAUAGAUUAACCAUGGAAUUAAAUCUUGAGGAUUUUUUUUUUUUUGUAAUAAAUAAAUGAAACCACUAUUGAUCCUAUACAUUUCAGCUGGUGAUGCUUAGAGAGUGACUGAAUUAAACCAAAGUUCAUGAUUAAACCGCAAAAGAAUACGAGACAGCCGUCUAUUCGAUUGUCAGACUUUAGUCUUUUGCUUGUCACAUGCAUUCAUGUCGAUAAAUCUUUCUUUGUGCCUUGAUUAAUUACCAUGAACCUGCCUUACAGAAGACCUGCUUUGCACUUCUGAAUUGCCUUUAUGAACGUUCUUUCAUUCUUUGUCUUAAAUUUAGAAUUUCACAUGCAGCACUUUGGAAAAAUGUUUAAAGAAAUGUAAGAGUGAAACCUAAAGCAAAACAAGCUAAGCAUUAUGUAGCUACCAGUACUGGGAAACAUCAUAGAAAUCAAUGAAUUGUCAAUGAACACUAAGGGUGAAUUUAUCUCCUUUUGUUUAUUUUUUUUACUUUCGUUUAUUUGCUCUCUUUUCUGACGGCGAAUGAGUUGAAACUGCCUUUUCAAUCGAGCAAACUCCCUCCAGAAAACCGAAGGGAUAUGCCAGUAUAUUUUCAAUAUUUUGUGUAAAAAAAAAAACAGAAAGAAAAAAACAUUAAUGAGAUAAAGUGUUGUAUUUUAUAUAUAAUAGACAUUUUUUAUAUAAUAAAAAAAUUUCAAUAUGAUAAUGUCACUAAUAUAUUUAUUUACUAAUAUAUUUAUCCAGUUUGUCCAGGUUUAAGAAAAUGAAAAAUGUCGUUUCUUCCCAUUUUUUUUUUUUUUUUUUUUUUUUGGGAAUUUUAUCUUUAUGAAACUUAUGACUGCCACAAUAGAUGUAUCCACUUAGCAUCAUUCCAAUUAUAUGCCAAUAAAUUAUUU